CUCAUAAAGUCACAGCUAUCAAACAAACCCCCACCUUGGGUUAAUCACAUCAUUGAUCAUCCUCUCCUUCCACUUAUCUAUGACUCCCUUUUGACUUCUGACUGUCCUCUUCUCAAUUAACUUCAUAAACCUCAAUUCCACGCAUGCCAAUUCUUCAGAAACCAUCAUUAAUCCUACGAACCUUCAAAUCCCUCCUCAGAUAUCCAUCUCCUCAAUUCCUCCUUCCGCACCUCUACAAACGAACCAUGUCAUCCGCAAUGUCCAAACGUCUAGAGGGGAAAACCAUUGUUAUAACUGGUGCCUCGUCAGGAAUUGGUAGAAGUACCGCCUUUGAAUUCGCGAGAACUUCUCCCAAAGAUUUGAGAUUAAUUUUAACGGCAAGGAGAAUUGAUGUUUUGGAAGAGGUAAAGAAGGAUAUUGAGAAGGAAUUUGGUGAGGGUGUGAAGGUUUUGCCUGUGAAAUUGGAUGUUAGUAAACCUGAGGAGGUGAAGGGUUUUGUUGGUGGAUUGCCAGAGGAAUGGAGGGAAAUUGAUGUUUUGGUUAAUAAUGCGUGAGUGCUUUCAAAUCUUGAGAGUAGGAAAAAGGUAAUGGGAUGACUAUGACAAUGUGAAGGGAAGCUUUGAGAAUAUUCCCUAGCUCUAUGGUUAUUACUCUCAACUUGUUGAUUUGCAGAGGCUAUUUUGGGCUCCUUAUAGGAUUCAUCAUUGUUAUAGCCUGCACAUAUUUCCCAGUUGCGAUUCUGCAACAGAAAAAAUACAUCUGCUAAUAAAAAUCUCAAUUUAGUGGUUUAGUCAAAGGCGUAGCCCAAGCUCCAUCUAUCGCCGAAGAAGAUGUCAACAUAAUGUUCGCAACAAAUGUAACCGGUCUCAUCAAUAUGACUCAAGCUAUCCUUCCAAUUUUCAAAGCACGACCCGAUGGUGGAAAGGGCGAUAUUAUAAACAUUGGCAGUAUUGCAGGAAGAGAACCAUACACAGGAGGAAGUAUCUAUUGUGCUACUAAAGCAGCCAUUAGAAGUUUUGGAGACUCACUUAGAAGGGAAUUAAUUGCUACAAGAAUAAGAGUCAUUGAGAUCGAUCCAGGGCAAGUCGAGACGGAAUUCAGUGUCGUCAGGUUCUAUGGCGAUAAGAAGAAGGCAGAUGCUGUUUAUGCUGGAUGCGAACCAUUGACUCCGGAUGAUAUCGCAGAAGUUAUUGUUUUUGCAGCUGGAAGAAGAGAGAAUGUGGUUAUUGCCGAUACUUUAAUUUUCCCCAAUCAUCAGGUAUGUUUUGUGAUUCUUUUGGUCCAACAAGAACUAAUAGGGAUAUUGGCAGGCUUCCGCCACGGUAUUGCAUAAAAAGUCAUAAGCUGAUACUUCAUAGGCUGGUGCUGGUGGUGCUAUGCAUAGAAAAAAUAUUUAAGAUAUUUCAUUUGUGCAUAGAAUAUACAACCGGUAGAUAGAAUAGAGGAUGAGUAGAAAUUCAUUGCGCAGGUACAAUAGAUAUCCUAACCUUUGGUUUGGAGAUUCAGAAACUUUGGCUCACUUUCUUCCAUUGUUGCGUUCUUUUGGCAUGCACUUUU